CUUUAUUUGUUGUGUGGUGAGAAACUCAAAGUACACGAGACAUUUUUGGUACACAACAGGUUGAUGACAAUGUCGAUGUAUGCUAUUUUUUAUUUUUGCAAGAGCCUGUCUCCCAAAGAAUUAGCACUCAAAACCGCACAAAAUCUGAAACCACGCUUUCGUGUGUGUUUCACUUUUUACAGCUGGCGUCAAAAAAACCGCGCGUGAACGUGUUCCGUAUAUAAUCCUAGCUAGGGGCCGGGAUGGGAGAUAAAGUAAGGAACAGCUUAACCAGCUAUCGGAAACCUGAGACAUGCAUUGGUUCGCGGGGUCAUAGAGUUGCAUGAUGUGGGAUGCACGAUUUGGAACAGUAAUUCAGUUCCUCAGGGAGAGUACCCGCUCAGCUGGAUCGAUUCGCAACUGGCAACUUCACUUCCUCCAAGCGUCCCUUCCUGGAUGCCAGCUCUAUGAGUCUAUGAGUAACUACAGGGGACAUGUCGGGUCGAUGAUGAGUCGUCGGUGCGACAGGAUGGAAGCGGUUUGUAAGACGCAUGAGACAAUAUUUCGUAGUACUCGAUCAGAUUCGUUAGCAGGCAGGGCAUAUACAUUUUCUCGCUCAAGGGCGCUUGGCCCGUGCUUAUUUACCCCUCUACUUACUCUGGUCAAAAUUCCAUCCGAUGGUAUUUGGGACUUGUGUUGGGGAAUAGAUAAUCCCAUUAGGUUAAAGACAGGCUUGGUCCGGGACUUGUUUGGUGUAGAGGCUGGAGUCCUGCCUAGUCCGGGACUUUGUGCUUGUUGCCCAGGAACAGUGGUAGGGACCACCGGACAGUUUGACUUGGAAAAGGUCAAAGAGCGCGGGUGCUCAGUGAGCUGGCACCCAGCCUGGGCUGGUAAGCGCUUCUCCCCACUUAAAACCGGUGGGGAAGUGGCCGUAGGAACCGCCACUGGCCUCUUGGAACGAGAGGAAAGGGCAGGGGCUGUGGAUCUGACAGCCCGAGAGAAAGUCGAAGCACCGGGCGCUUCGAAUGAGAGGGAUCGGGUUUCGGAGUGUGUGCGGAAAGCAAAGUGGAAUGAAAUAACACAAGGUGGAAGAUCGCAUUGCAUACAAGGAGAAGUGCUCCGUUUCGCGGAUGAACCGGGUAUAUUUAUCGUCAGCGGAGGCCAGGAGGAUAGCCCUCUUAAGUUUGGGGUGCUCGUGGGAGAAGCAACGGCAGGCUCUGAGCAUAGAAGGCAGUUGGGCAAGUCCAUCUGGCUAGAUAGGCGCGUAGAGCUACAUAUGCAGAUUGGAUGCGGUGUUCUCGAGGAAUGUGCUGGGUUUCUGCUUGUCGCGGAUAGAAGCAGGGCACGGGGGUGUUGGGACUGGUGGCUUUUUUGUCUGGAUAAUGUUAUUUGUACCAGUUGGGUCGAAGGGGAGGUCAGGAAAAGGAGCAGCGUGACAUUGCUGUGCGCAACAAUGGAGAGACUUGAAGAUGGGAAAAAAGAGGAACAAUAUAAACAGGGUGGGAAAACGCUGAGGAAUUCCGGGCUGGAAAGUGAUAUUGCAAGCAAGGUAGCAGCUGAGGCCCAACCUUGUUCGAUGGCGAAGCACCCAAACGUACGGAAGCGAAGACUACAGCGCACCAUUAGGAGUGAAGAGGCGAGGGAGCAUGGGAUAAACGUGAAGGCGGAGAGAAGGGAUAUGAAGAAGGUGCAUUGCACAGCAAAGGCUACUGGUCACAAGGCUUGCCUAAAAAGCGCACCAUGCCACAUGUUCUGGUUACCUUCGAUUCGGAGUGCGCGUCUGUGCCCGUCGGCAAAUGCCGAACUGUCGGAAAUCAAAGAGAAAGGGGCGAAAAAUCAAGGUGUGAAGGAGAUUUGA